AUGUACCUCCCCCGCUCUGUGCUCUUGGAGACCGUGCUGAAGGUUAACCCCUCCAUCAAAGGCACCAACAAGAUGAACAAGGUUGAAUUAGCCAACAUUGUCACAGUGAACUGGCGGAUUAUCACCGAGCAGUAUGCCAAAGAAGCAGGGCUUCUAUCCAUCUAUGAUGACCAAGAUGACACUUCACCGGAAGUUGUCAUCCCCUUUGAGAAUGAGAUGAUCAAGGUCUUCUACAAAUAUGACACUACUUCAACAGGGACCGAGUUGCUCAGGGCUUUGAACGCUUGGUUUGUGGCUGACCUGACCCCCGACACUUGCCUGUUGAAGGUUGGCGACUCCUUGAUUUACUCCUAUGAGACCAUCCACGCCUAUGUGUUUGACAAAUAUCCUUCAUUGUCUUUGCUCCCUAAGUUGAGAGGAGGCACCCUUCAACGAUGGAAGAAGCCCUUGAACAAGGCGGAGGCUUUGAAGCAAAUGGUCGACAAGAGCAAGGACACGAUCAUCAGGAAGAUUGACACAACCUUGGUUAUGGACAUUCAGGAAGCUCCACCCGUCUCCUUUGCUCAGGUCAUUGCCCAGAUUGACAACAAGGUCGCUGACUUCCGUGAGAAGAUGAUGACAGGUGAGCUAACAAUGGAGCGGGUUGUGAACCAACUCACUGACGAACAGAUUGAUGUGCUUGAGCGAGUCUUUGCCUUCAAGACCAGUGAGAAGACAGAGCAGAAGGUGAUUGAUGCUGUGAACAUCAUCUACAAGGAUGCCACAGCGAUUGACGAUGUGCUACCUCACCUGAAGCGAGCGAAGAUGGGUAUUGUGCUCUACCACAACUUCCACGACUACACCAAGUUCCACCUGAACGACAACUUCCAC